AUGGAACCGUCCGUAGCCAAUGACGAACGUUACGAUCCCCACUUAUCAGCAGGAACGCGUGGGAGUGCAGGGUCAACAAGAGUGCAACACCAAGGCGAGACCCCUCUUCUCAGACAGCCAUACAUGUCCUCCUACCCUUCGAACGUCAGCUCAGCGGGAUCUAGAAGAAAGCCUGCAAAUCUCUCAGAUGUUCUCAGCACGUCUGGCGACACCACCGAUCUCGUGAGAAACCUAAGCUCAUAUGUGAACACAAAAAUACCUCCCGGUCUGAGCAUAUGCGUGCUUAUCUUUCUUUCGGUCUUUGCCUUCGCCUUGAUACUUAUGGGAACCUUCCACAUUCCGUUUUGUCAGGUGCAGCCGAUGAUACCUAUCUGGCUCACUGUCGCCGGAAUACUUUUUAUCCUUAGCGCAACACUUCGCAUUUAUCGUAUGAUUCCAUCUCCUCGGAGCUCACAUCGAUCUCAGCCCAAGUCGCUCGACCUCUGCUGCCGCCUCAGCGAGGGUUUACUGGUUGUGGUCAACGUCGUAUGGCUGACACUAGGUGAGGUUUCUAAUGCCGAUGGCUUCCUAAUGGGAAUAUGGAGGGAAAAUUUUGUGACUACUGUACCGGACUCGGUUAUGGCGACGGCCAGCCGCGCUUUGAUUCAAUUUUUUACCACUAGAGGUACAAGCAUGUUAGUUCAACAGCCAGAGCUACCGCGCAUAAAAUCUAAGACCUUCAAUCCAAAG